CUAUGCAGAAAUGUCAGUGGUUCAACAUUAGAUCAGAAAUGUCUUUAACACGUUGUGAGGGACAGUUAGUUGUUUCAUCUGCUGUUAAAACGCAAGCAAAGCGAGUCUAGCAAGGUGCGGUGGGGAAGUGUGUGUCACAUGCUCCUCUACAGGAAACGAGACUGGAGCUGCUGGGGAAGUUCAGAACUGGGUGACCUCCAACGGAUUCAAAUAGUACAGGAUUGCGCAACCUGGGAAAUGUUACUGCAAUUUAAUUAACUUCAGAAAGUGUAUUCUGGACUGAAUUGGCCAGACCUCCUAUUCUAUGCAAGCAUCUCCUGCUGGUGACCAGGUUUCUUAGCUAGAGCAGACAGAGCUCAGCCUUCCACCAUGCCUGUGCCUCCCCCUCCAGCUCCCCCUCCACCCCCAACACUGGCCUUGGCAAAUACUGAAAAGCCAUCCCUAAGCAAGUCAGAACAAGCAGGGCGAAAUGCUCUAUUAUCUGAUAUUACCAAAGGAAAAAAGCUCAAGAAGACUGUUACUAAUGACAGAAGUGCUCCAAUUCUGGACAAGCCCAAAGGAUCUGCAGGAGGAGGUGGCGGCGGCUUUGGAGGAGGUGGCGGUGGCAGCAGCGGGGGUUUUGGUGGUGGCAGCGGCGGCGGCUUCGGUGGCGGUGGGCCACCUGGCCUUGGAGGCCUUUUUCAAGCAGGAAUGCCAAAGCUCAGAUGUACUGCAAGUCGAGAUGCUGACGCCGGGGGAGGCCGGCCGCCCGUCCUGCCGCCCGGAGGCCGCUCCCCCUGGAGAGCAGGGAAGUGGGUACUGAGGGCCCUAAACCAGCCCAUUUUGUUAGUGGGAGGCCUUGGGAUGCCAGCAGUGGCUUUCCCCGAUGUGAACUUUAACAGCGUUUGUGUGCUUGCCUCUUGCCUUGCUCUAGGCCCGCUCCCGCCACCUCCUCCCAUAAGCAGGAAUGGAAGCACCUCCAGGGCUUUGCCCAGCACUCCGCAGCUGCCUUCCCGGGCGGGGCUGGACAGCCAGAGAGCUGGAGCACGGCCCCCGCUUCCGCCGGACCGGCCGGGCUCGGCAGCGCCGCCGCCGCCGCCGCCGCCCUCAGCGGCGGUCAGAAACGGCUUCCAGGAGCCCGGGGACGAUGAAUGGGAAAGCAGAUUUUCUUUUCAUCCAAUAUCUGAUUUGCCACCUCCAGAGCCAUAUGUACCCACGAACAGAAGUUAUCCCAGUAAACUAGCAAGAAAUGACAGUAGAGGUGGGUCUGUCCGAAAAGAAAGAGGUGCCCCCCCGCUCCCACCUAUACCAAGGUGAAAUGGGUUCUGGCCCAUUUCUGGGUGACAUCUGUUCUCAAGGCUCCCUCGAGUCAGCUCUCCUGUCCACACGACUGGAAAGUUGUCUGUCUUCAGUCUCUAUUACAGGAGUAAUAGAUGUGGCUUAUGGACUAUAGUUGCUCAAAGCUCUGAAUUUUAUUCGCUUAAACUGCAGGCAUUUUGUGGACCCUACAGAACAUAAGUGCAUCAUGCUUACUGUGUCCAGCCUUGUCCCCUGGAGAGCUCCGUGGGAGGUCUGGCUUUGAAUCUGAUAGAGCUUGAACAAAGCUGUUUCGUUCACUUUGGGUGCAGUAGCUGUAUUAUUUUAAUGAUGAAAUAUUUGAUGUUUAAAAAAAAACAGUUGCUGGGUAAAAAGUGUAGCCAAGAGUCCCCUGGAUGCUUCUUUGCAUGCCUAAUUAAGCCUAUCUGCUUCUGCAAGCCAUAGACCUAGUACAUGGUGACAAAGAGUUCAUCUUUAACUUUUUCACUUCAGCUUAGUCAAGCAAAUCUUUAACAAUGCACAGCACAUCCUGCCUCAAGGAUGGAGUGUCUCUGGCCUUGUUUUUAUCUGCAGAGAAUCUUCCAAAGAAAAGCACAAGUGAAGAAUUCAUCAGCAUAAAAACAUAUCUAUUUUUUAUCCCUCUUUCAUAUUUUUUUAAUAGUUUUAUAUGCUCUGUGACCUAAUUCUCACCUACUCUUAUGCGGACCAACCCACAUCAUGUCAUCUGUGCCCUGGAUUGCUGUAAUGCCCUCUGCCUGACACUGCAUGCACAGAGUCCUCAGAAGGAAGUCUGAGUGCCAACGCAGCAAUUACUGUAGUUGCAGGCUCCUCCCGUAAAGCAUCACUAAUGCCAGUGCUCCACAGACUGCUUUCCAGUUGUUUCUUUGGUACAACUAAAUGAUGGAGUUUGACUUAAAAAGCUCCUUGGCACUUAGGUCACAAGUCUCAGAGAGCUUGUGUUUGACUUCCAUUAUGGUAGAGCUGAGGUCAAAACUGUUCCUCAGUGAGAGCCCUUUGAUGUUGUGAGGGGGGUCCGGGGUUUGUACAUUCAAGUGGGAACAUCCAAAAUUUGCUGUCUGCUCUGGUUCAAGAGAAAUGGAAAGAUUUGGUCUUCUCAAUUGGCCAUGAAGCCUGUCCUUUCAAACUUUGCUGAAAGGAGUCUCUACAGAGAGCUGCACUGAUAGAAGAAAGAGUCAAGUAUUCUACCAUUGAGGCAAGUGAUUAAUAUGUUGAAUGGCUUUUGAAUUUUGUGUAUGAGAAAAGAACUCAUUGUAUGAGUGAAUUUUACAAGUGGAUCUAAGUGCGUAUAAAAUGCCUUUGGAAAUUAGGGGAAUAUUAUAAUUUUGGAUUUGAAAUAUUGGUGAAUGAUAGCUCUUUGUUAAUUGGACCUCUGAAGUUUAGCUCUGAAAAAUGUCCCCUCAGUCUCAUCAGCAGUACGUUUCUUCAGCAUGUUCCUUGGGAUCCCUACCAAGCCUGUGUCAGCAGCUGUGCUUCACAGGUUGUUGCUCAAAAAAACUCAAAAUUAAACAUAGAAAUUAGUCAUGUAGGUUAAGAAAAUGUUUCUCUAGCAUGGGAGACAUGAUCCUAAGUACACUCUGCGGCUAGAAUGAGGUCAGUCUUUGAAAGAAUUCCUGGGGAAUUUAGCCAAAGAGAGUCUGGACCCUGCUGAAAUAUCAGUGCAUGGGGCUUUUUGCUCUGUGAGUGGGAAGGGGCAGAUCUGCUUUCUGCCUGGUAGCAUGGACAUCACAUUGAAGGGGGUGAGACUAGAGUCGGACUUGGCCAGAUCAAAUUUAAUUUGGUCUUUUUCAGUGUUUGUUUACAAAAUCUUGUUAGCUGUGAUAGCGUUUGAUUCUGUACCUGUUUUUUUUGUAUCUAAUGACCUAUUUUAAGUUACUGUUUAUGGUCUCGAACCUGCAAUUAAAUGCGCAGGCGCAGGGAUGGAUCCACAUCCAGUUGCAGGAUCCUGGCUGUAAGAGUUUCUUAAACAGAUACUGGUGGGACCUCCAUGUGACAGGUGCGCCUUGGGAUCAAACCUGGCACAAUGCUGAAUUUGUAUGUGUAUUUUAUGGAUGUCACUUAAAGUGCCUGUCUCUUUGGGAUAUUAUUUUGUGAAUAGAAGUCCAAAUAAGAUUUUUAGGAUAGUAACUUAAAGGAUAAAUUAUUGUAUUCAUAUUUUAAAACUGCAGCACUUAAUACCUUUCUAAGGAACAAUAUUUUGAAUUUAAGAAUACAGUAUUUUCAGUACCUUGACCUGCCAAAUCCUUGUUAAUAUCCAAAUAGCUAUGCAGCCAAAAAAAAAAACCCAACCCUCCAGAAAUAUCUUGUUUAUAACUUACCUGCUUCCGAUAUGAUUGUUUUACUUUGCUAAGUCAAUGAAAAUGCUGCCCAAUGUUCUGCCAAUUCUCUGUAUCAUUCAAAAUAUCUUGUAUUUGAUCAUUCCAGCAAGGUUUUCUGAUCAAAAAUCUGGACCACUACCAAAGACUUGGAAAACCAGCUUCAGUUUCACUUUAAAAUGUGCUGUGUAAAAGGCCCCAGUUAACAAGCCAAGAAUCCUGAGCUGCUUAGGUUUUAGCAAUUCUUUUUUAUUCUAGAAACCUCUUCAGAAUAGACAUACAUUUGGCAUACGUGUAAAAUUGCUUAAUACUGCAGAAAGGGGCAUUUUUUUUCACAUAACAACAGCGUUUCCAUUUUUAUAUGUUUUGCUGUAAAAAUCCCUAGAUAUAUUCCAGAACAAUGCAGCAUUUUAUCAUUCAAUAUAUUGCUUCAUGUAGCAGUAGCUAUAUACAGUAUGAUCAGUAUUAAAGUAUUUAUUUCACUAUGAAGUGUUAAAAAAGAAUAAUACAAAACAGGUUGAAUCAAUGGUGCCUUAUGACUUUUACAGUCAACUUUUCUGUGUCUCAAUAGAAGAAUUAAUAGACAUUGCUCUUCCAGGUCCUGACUGAAUAGUGCCGACAGUAGCAUUCUUCAGUGUUUGAGCCAAGCCCUAUUGUUGUGUGCUCAAGCUCCUAACUCCAGGUGGAGCUCAGCGUGUGGAGAGGCCACUGGGUCAGUGUGUAGAUGAGGUGUAUGUGGGCACUGGUUGGCUUCACAAUCAAUUGCUGGUAUUGCUCUCAAAUUUAGACCUGUCCCAAAACCAGUGUCUGACGCUGCUGUCCACACAGCCCAGCUGACUUCAUUGUGGUUGCAUAGGUUACAGAACUACAUUUGAUUCACUGCUUGCAUAUUAGAUUUGCUGGGUUUGUUUCAAUGGCAUUGUAUUAUAAACCCUCACACCUCAACUUGUCUUCUUAUGUUAUCACUGAGGCUCGCACUGUGUGACAACAGCCACGGAUGUUCAUUUUUGUUUAAUUCAACUCCAUAAAUAAAAUGACAAUAAAUUUUGUACCAUGUAAAAAUAAUUUCCCUGUAUUUUUGGAAGAAAAGCAUAUGUUAUGUUUGUUAUGACUUUCUGCACCAGCCAUUGGGAGAAGAGGUCACAGUGAUGAAUGUUCAGAGUUGUUAAAGGAAACUCAGCUUGUUUCAGGAAGUGUAUAUUUCUGUAAAUGAAAUAAAUAACAUCUCAAAGUUCUUGUUUAAAAGCCAGCAUUUCCCAACACUAAAAGAAUCAUAAGGUUUUGUUUUUUUCUGCAAGACAGCACUGUGAAAGAAGUUCCUUAUAUUGUCACUUUAAAAACUGGGUGGUAGUUUCUCCUUGCAGCAUCAACUGUUUGCAUGGCACUUGUAGAAGUAGAUCUGUCUUGGAAUGGAGGAUGGGGGGAGCUAAACUGCUAUCAUGCAUCACAUGUAUUGUAACAAUCAAACAACAAUCUUCUGUACAGAAGUAUGGAAAUUGAAAGGGUACUUUUUGUCUUGGAGGUAAAGAAUGGAGUUGAGUGAUCAAACUGAGAUUAUUUCAAGCAGAAUAUCCAAUGUUGAGAGACCUAGAGAGGGCCUUUUGGCCACAGGACACUGGAACAGAGAAGAUUGCUCAAGGAAGUUAAAACCAAUUGGCUGAAUGUUGUUACUAGUACUGAAGUAAAAAUUAUGGUAUAAAAUGUGCAUUUUGUAGUUCCACAUUGCAGUGGUGUGAACACCUUUGUCUUGUGGGUGCAAACAACCUGCUACAGCGGUACAUUGACUCCAUGUAACACAGAUUGUGUGAGCUUUAAUCUUUCAAACAGUAUUUACCAGAAAAUAAUGAGAAUCUCUUACCUAAGAUACCCAGGAGCACUUUAAGUGCAAAUUAAUGGAAUGGUUAUUCAUGUGCAUUGGAAGAAAAUAGGUAUCUUGUAGCCUCUAAGAUGGAUGUGUUUGGACGAUUCAGUUAAAAUCUAAACUAAAGCAUUGGCAAAGAGGGGAGUACUGGAAUGACUCAGGCAGAAGCAGGGCAUGUGUGUAUGGUCUCAGUGAGUAUGCAGCAGGUAGGUAUGCAGAUUAAAAAAGCAAAAAUGGAAACCACAUGUCUUAAGGGAGUAACUUUUUUAUGUAUGUUACCAUUUUGAAAUACAGUUUGUCUAUGGUAAAUACUGCUUAGUGUAAACUAAUGCAUGCAGAGGAAGACAUGUAAAUUUGGACUUCCAAAGGCACACGAGAGAGGGAAACAUAAAACAGGCUGAGCAGAAAGUAACAUUUCUAUCAGAUGCUUAAAGUUUGAGCUUUUUAUAAAGUAUUAAUCUAGUUCUGUGAAUUUUUUUGCUUAACAUUUAUUUUUUAAGUGAUUUUGUUCUCCUUAUUUUUCUGUCCUAUACCAAAUAAAUUUUACUUUUAUUUAAUUGGUGGUGCAGACUGUUACAUUGAGAUCAAUCACAGCUACUUCUUCGACAAAAGCACAUGUUGGCUUUAGCAGGAGCAGAGCAGUGAGCCUGGCAGGAGCUGGGGUGAGCUGUUCCCCUCCUCUCCUGUCUGCCAUUGGACAGCAGCACAGCAGUAAUGCUCAGAGGACUUCUGUCCUACAUACAAUGAAGGACACCUGUAGAUAAGGAGAAAUAAUGAGUUUACUUUAGGAUAAAGAAUGAUUGAAAACCAGUGUUUUAUGAUGCUGUACUUGCAGGUGGCUGUUGGGUGAGUUGUGGCCAUUGGCUCUUGGAAGGGCAGGCUAGGCACUUGCCAGGGGAAAAUGACGUGGAAAAUCACUGUAGUUAAGUGUAGAUUUUUUGUUGUUAUUGUCGUGUCUCCACUCACAAAGCUGCCAGGGAAGAAGAAACAAAUGAAACCCUCCUUUUGACUUUGGAGCCCUGUUCUUUAUCAUAGGUGCUAAGCUUUUCAGAUAAUUUGGACCAGGUUCAUCAAAGAAAGACCCUUUUAUAAAAGUCCACAGGAGGUUCAAAUUCAGGCUGCACUUCCAGCUUCUCCUCAGAAGUUAGAAGAGUCAUUUAAAAAGCUAAAAAGCUCUGUACUAUAACUCAACUAUCUUA